CUUUCAGCUAACGGAAAAGAGGGCAAUGGAAAUGGAAAUGGAGAUCCUAAAGAUGAACAGUUCGGUAAAGAUCCUAAACAUGGACCAUUGGGGGAAGAUCAUAAUCAUGAACCGUUAGGGGAAGAGCCUACAGAUCAACUGUUGGUUGAAGAUCAUAAUCAUGAACCGUUAGGGGAAGUUCCUACCGAUCAACUGUUGGUUGAAGAUCAUAAUCAUGAACCGUUAGGGGAAGUUCCUACCGAUCAACCGUUGGGUGAACAUCAUAAACAUGAACCGUUGGGGGAAGAUAAUACUGAAGAACAAUCAAAUGAAGUCAUUUACCCUCCUAAUGGUGAACAAGAAGUCGUUUGUCAACAAAUUUUAGUUGCUUCAACUCCACACCAACUCAUUGUUACUGAACCAGAAAUCGAAGAACAACAGAGUGCAACUUCAAUUAGAACCGAAAUUGUGAAAAGUGUGCUCUAUGGCGGUUUAACUGAACUCAUAGCAAGCUUAGGCAUUGUCACAUCUUCAGCAAGCACAGGUGCUACCACCGGAAAAACAGUAGCUCUUUCACUAUCAAACUUGAUUAUUGGACUGUUUGUGAUGAGCUAUAGAAUAUCAAAACAUUGGAUAAACGGCCAGGAAAGUGGAGCUGAUGAACAAAGAGAGGAAGAAGUGGAUACAUAUGAACAAGUGUUUGGAGAUAGACAAAACCAUCGUCUUCAUUUGACAGUGGCUAUCAUUUCAUUCCUGAUAUUAGGCUUGGUGCCCCCUCUCCUUUAUGGCUUCACAUUUCGUAAGCCAGAGGACAAAUUUCUCAAGAUUCCAACAGUCACAAUAGUCUCUGUUCUAUGUAUUGGAUUGCUUGGUGUGGGUAAAGCUUACAUUGAGAAGCCAGAAAAUUGCCUUGUCUAUGUUCAUAUCAUUGGGGGAUGCAUAGCUGAUGCAAUUGGGACGUCGGCAGUGACAACUUUUGGAGGUGAGCUGAUUCAAAACUAUGUUGAUCGAGCUGGUUGGUUUGAUUUUGAACCGAACAAAGUUCCAACCUUGCUCCUACCAGGCAUGGAUUUUCGGUAUCAGACAUGGAGAUCCGUUUGA